UGUUGAUUUCCUCCCUCGACACUGCGCGUGUUGUGUUAUUUACACAUCAAAUCUUUUGUCAAGCCGACCUAGCACCAACUUUUUGUCCUUCAUACGUUAACACAUAAGCUAUUUCACAGUGCCAAACAAAAGAAAAGGAAAAAUAAUCACCUUUGAAUAAAUAAAUAUUAUGAUAUAGGUUGGAAGGUCUGUAUAUGACAUUGUGUCAUUAUUAUAUUUAAACACAGCGAUAUAAGCGGAUCAAAAUUCUGGUUCGCUUAUUCUCUAAGCACAUCAACGUUAAAUAAUCAUAUUCGAGAAAAGCCAACAAAAGUUGAAAAAUUAUAGCAAGAAGGAAAGAAUGAUCGUAUUUUUUGCGCUACUCAGUGCAGUAGCUUGUCAACAGGUUUUACAACCGCCCUACUUUGAUAUAGCGAAGGGGAAAAAUAUAUCAGCCACAGCCACUUGUGGUGAAGAUUAUAUUCCAAGAAAAGACGACGAAGAAAAUGAAUUAUAUUGUACGCUGGCUGGAGUACCGGGGAAAUUUGGAGUUGGUGGAUUAAGUUGUAGUUAUUGUAUCCCUGGUGACUUUGGAUCAAGUGUCGACGGGAAAGAUUCGAAAGAUCAUAACAUUCGAAAUGCUAAUGACGGUUCAAACAGAUGGUGGCAAUCUCCACCUUUAUCAAGAGGAUUGAAAUAUCGAGAAGUCAACGUUACCAUCGAUCUUGGACAGUCUUUCCAUGUGGCCUAUGUGAUCGUAAAAGCAGCUAACUCACCAAGACCAGGAGUUUGGGCUUUAGAACGUUCUAAUGAUGGAGGAAAAACAUAUUCACCAUGGCAUUACUUUGCACCCAGUCCAGCAGAAUGCAAGCAAUAUUUUGGUGUUGAUUAUUACCUACCCAUACGUCGAGAUGACACAGUUUUGUGUUCAAUAGAAUAUUCACAAAUCCCACCGUUUCAAAAUGGAGAGAUUCACAUAUCACUUAUAAAUGGUCGUCCUAAUGCUUCUAAUUUCUUUAAUAGUUCAUCUCUUCAGAAAUGGACAGAGGCUACAAACAUUCGCCUGAGACUUCUUGACAUUAAAACUUUGUUGACUGAUUUACUGCCACUUUCCCUUGAUGACCCAUCUGUAACAAGAAGGUACUACUACUCCAUUAAAGAUAUCUCAAUUGGUGGUCGUUGUCUGUGUAAUGGUUUUGCAGAUGAGUGUAAACCAUCAAGUACCGUUGGAAAAUAUGAAUGCAAUUGUCAAUACAAUUCUGAGGGUCCAAGAUGUGAGAGAUGCAAAGAUGGAUAUGUGCAAAAGAAAUGGCGUCCAAGGACAUUGAAUGAUGAAUUUGAAUGUGAAAAAUGCAACUGCCAUGGACACAGUGAUGAAUGUGAAUAUAAUGAUGAAGUUGAACAAAGAAAACUUAGCUUGGAUAUUUAUGGAGUUUAUUCUGGUGGUGGUGUUUGUAAGAAUUGUCAACAUAACACUCAUGGAAUCAAUUGUGAAAAAUGCAAACCAUUUUUCUAUCGCCCUGCUGGCGUAAAAAUCACUGACGAAAAUGCUUGCCAAGCAUGCAACUGUGAUACUCGAUUUUCAACUGGGUUGUGUGCAGAAGAAACUGGUCAAUGUGAAUGCAAACAAAACUUUAUUGGAAGAUAUUGUGACAGAUGUAACAAAGGCUUCCACACUUUCCCAAUUUGUAAACCUUGUGAAUGUGAUGUCAGUGGUUCUCAAGACGGUGAAUGCAUUCCUGAUAGAGAUCUUGGCUGCAGAUGUAAGGAAGGAUACACUGGGUUUUUGUGUAAUGAAUGUCGCCCUGGUUAUUUUGGCUUUCCGGACUGCAAACCUUGUGGGUGCGUAACACGAUCUGGAGCAAUUGAUAACAAUUGCAACAGAGCUGACGGAAAAUGUAGAUGCAAGAAUGGGUAUGAUGGAAGACAAUGUCAGGAGUGCAGCGACGGACAUUUUAAUUUUCCAGUGUGCAAAGAUUGUGGCUGUGAUCCAAGAAAAACUGUUGACUCAAUUUGUGAAAAGAAAUCUGGAGUUUGUCAAUGUAAAAUUAACUUUGAAGGAGCAAACUGUGAAAGAUGUGCACCUGGAUUUUAUGACUACCCAAUAUGUCAUGCAUGUGACUGUUCAUCUGGAGGCUCUUUUUCACAAAAUUGUGAUGUUAACAGUGGACAAUGCCCAUGUCGUCCAAAUUAUGAUGGCUUUAAAUGCCAACGCUGUAAAUCUGGUUAUUAUGGUUAUCCACAAUGUACAUCGUGUGAAUGUAAUAAUCAAGGAUCUCGUUCUCCUGACUGCAAUUCUGAAAAUGGUCAAUGCAGGUGUGCAUAUCCUUAUGUUGGUAAACAAUGUGAUCGUUGUCAACCUGGUUUCUAUGGAUUUCCAAAUUGUAAACAAUGUAAUUGUAAUCCAGCUGGAACUGAAACGCAACCUGGUGGCAAUAUUGGUGAUUGCAGCUCCAACAAUAAUGGACAAUGUGUGUGCAAACGCAAUGUGAAGGGUUUGGAAUGUUCAGCAUGUAAAGCUGGUUAUUAUAACUUGAAAGAAUCAAAUCCUGAUGGAUGUUCAGGUUGUGGGUGUGAACGAAGUGGUUCUAUAAAUGGUUUGCUAUCAUGCUCACAAGGUGGACAAUGUAAAUGUCGCGAGUUUGUGAAAGGAUCAAAUUGUAAAGAAUGUGAAGAUGGAUACUUUAGUUUAAAGGAUUCAAACUUGUUUGGUUGUUCAGGAUGUGAUUGUGAUAAUGGUGGUUCUAAAGAUGUUGUUUGUUCAAAAUCUGAUGGACAGUGCAAAUGCAGAACAAACGUUUCUGGCAGAAAAUGUAACAGCGCAAAUUGCAAGUUUUACUUCCCAACCUUACACCACAUUCAAGCUGAAAUGGAAGAUGGUGUCACACCUGAUGGUGAUGCAGUUCGAUUUGAUUAUCAAGAGCAAAAAUUUCCUGGAUACACAUGGAAAGGUUUUGUAUUGCUUAAUGACAUCCAGCCAACUGUUAUUGCAACUAUCAAUGUACCAAAGAAGUCCAAAUAUCAAAUUAUGUUAAAGUAUGUCUUGGAUCAAAUCGCUCCUGCCAGAGCACAACUCUCUGUGUAUAAAGAAACACCAGAACAAAGUCGUCUAAUGGGAUUAGCAGAAUUUGCAUCAACACAGAAAGGAAGAGGAUUCACAAGUGCAUAUACCACAGUGAAGGAGUCUAAUGGCAAAAGUUUAUACUUUCCAUUAACAGCAGGCUCUUGGAAAGUCAAACUUCAAGUUACAGAUUCCACAGUUUAUGUGGAUCAUAUCAUACUGUUACCUCAAGAAUAUUCAGAUGCUAAUGAACUCAAGAAGUCUGUUCAAACACCUUGCGAAGUUAAUAAAAAAGAAAAGUUUUGCAAUCUGUACCAAUAUGUAACACUUCAAGAUUUUACGAAAGUUGAAGCAGAGAAUCCUGGAAAGACAAGACAACGUGAUCCUUUGCCAUCUCUUUUUAACAAUACUGCUAUUCUAUCAAAAUUAGAUUACAAAGCUAUGGUACUGCUAACACCUGAAACUAAACAACUUGAUAUAUUGGUUUCUGUACCAAAGCCAGGAAAAUAUGUUGCUGUGAUCCAGUAUUAUCACGAUUCAAGUGUGACCAAGUAUCUUGAUGUUUAUAUCAGGAGCAGAGUUAAAAUUCAAAAAGGAAGGGCAUGGCUGUCUAAAUGCAGAUAUUCCUUCGGUUGUCGUCAAGCUGUUUUAGAGUCUAACUUUCAUGGUGUUGUCACAUUUGAUUUACAAACUACAAGAAAAUAUUUAAUGACUAUGAUUGCUCGACAAGGUGCAACUGUGGGUUUGGAUUCUGUUGUGCUAAUUCCCUACGAGAAGUGGAGCAUGGAUUAUGUUACUCCCAAGCUAUACUGCACCACUAAGGAUGGUAAAUGCACAACAAAUGAAUACACAUUCCCAAAGGAUGGAAAGGUUAUAAGAUCAGAUGAGGAAUCUAAUGAUCCUGUACCAAGCUAUGUCUUGGACCCUAACAUAAAGGUUACAUACUUGAGACCUGGAGCAAAUACUAUGGAUAUGGCUAAUAUUGCUGCUGGAAGAUAUCAUAUCCUCAUCCAUUACUAUCAACCUAACCAUCCAUCUUUUACCUCCAGAGCUACCCUAUAUUCAGGCUCAGGUUCCGGUCUUCCAGGGGAUUUACAUUUUCCAUAUUGCCCUAACCCGAAUGGAUGUAGAGGAAAGGUAAAGGGAUCUUAUGGCAGCGAUGUAUAUGUUUUUGAAAGUGGGACAGCAAGAUUCCAAUUUCAUAUGCCAGUGGAAAGAGAUGCUUGGAUUGAAUACAUUUUAAUAGUACCAGAAACCUCAGCUGACUUAUUAUCUUCCAACUUAUAUAAAGCAAAACCGUUGCAAUUGUCCAAGGACUUCCAGCAGCAGUGUGGUUUGGAUGAUUAUUAUGUCAAACCUGAUUCAACAGGUUUCUGUCGUGACAGUGUCUUCAGCUUAACAACAGCGUUUAAUGAUGGUGUAUUACCAUGUAAUUGUAACUCAGAAGGUUCUAUUUCAACUGCAUGUGAAUGUAAAACCUUCGGAGGUCAAUGUCCAUGCAAGGAAAACGUGAUUGGAAGAACAUGUUCCAGAUGUAAAAUUGGUUAUUAUGGCUUUCCAAACUGCAAACCUUGCAAUUGUUCUAAUUGUGAUGAUAUUACGGGCCGUUGUACCUGUCCACCAGGAGUAAUUGGUGAAAAAUGUGAUCAAUGCAAACCAGGCACAUUCGGGUAUGACCCUGUUAUUGGAUGUCAGCCUUGCAAUUGCGAUAAGCAAGGAACUGGUAUGGAUGACGCUGUUUGCAAUGUCAUUACUGGUAAAUGCCCUUGUAAAGAAAACUUUGGAUCUCGAAAAUGUUCAUCUUGUGCUCCUGGCUAUUAUAACUAUCCAAUAUGUAAGAAAUGUGAAUGUUUUCAAGGUGGAGUGACUGAUGAAAAAUGCAAUGGUAAAACUGGCCAAUGUUUUUGUCAGGAAAAUGUUGUUGGAGCUCAGUGUAAUGAAUGUCCUGGAGGAUUCUUCAAAACAGAGGAUCCGAAAAGCAAGGAGUUGUGUACAAAAUGCUGGUGUCAAGGCAGAUCAACAACCUGCAAAGAAGCUAAGCUAUACAGAGCCGCUAUCGUUACUGCAACAGCUGGUUGGAAAGUGUCUCUACCAAAUACGCCUGUGAAAAAUGUUAGUCCUGCAAAAUUUGCAGUUGAUUUGACCAAUCAUGAUUUCAAUCCUCAGAUAGAUUCAAAGAGUCCAAACAUAAUCUACUGGAUUGCGCCAGAAGAAUUUUUGGGUGAUCAAUCUGCGUCUUAUGGUGGAGAAUUGUACUAUUAUUUUGAGUACACAACCAAAAGCGGUGAAACUCAGCCACUAGAUGAAAUUCCAGAUGUAUUUAUAAAGGGUUCUAAGAAUUUAAUUAAAUCUAACAAAGAAGUAUCCAGAUCACCGGGAGUUGUACGUAGAUUCAGCGUUAGAUUGCACCAGAACGAUUGGUCACUGGAGGAUGGAUCUUCUGUAACGCGUGAGCAAAUGUUAUCUGUUCUCUCAAGAGUUGAAAGUCUCCAAAUUCGUGCAACACAUGACGCCAAUGCUGGUACCUCAACUUUAUGGAACAUCACAAUGGAUGCAGCAGUACCAAAAGGAUCAGAAUUGAUAUAUGGAAUUGAAAACUGUACCUGUCCAAGUGGCUAUGCUGGACCUUCAUGUUCGCAAUGUGCUAUUGGUUACACAAGACAAAAAGAUGGAAACUGUGGAAAAUGUGAAUGUAUGGGUAAAAGCAAUGUUUGUGAUACUGAAACUGGAGCUUGUUAUAAUUGCACUGGCAACACACAUGGUGAUCGUUGUGAAAAAUGUAAACCAGGUUUCUAUGGUGAUAAAUGUAAACCAUGUGAAUGUCCGGGCACGAAACCAGGGAACAAUUUUGCUGACUCAUGUGGUCUUGACGUUUUGUCUAGUCAGUUAGUAUGUCAAUGCAAGAAAGGAUAUGCUGGUCUCAAAUGUGAAAGAUGUGCGGAUGGUUAUUAUGGCCAACCCAACGUAACUGGUGGUAGUUGUAAACCUUGCUCAUGCAAUGACAACAUUAAUACGAAUCUAACAGGUAAUUGCGAUUCUGUCACUGGAGAAUGUUUCAAAUGUAUUAAAAACACAGUGGGAGAACAAUGUGAGAAAUGUAAGCCUGGUUAUUAUGGAGAUGCAAUCAUAAAGAAGAAUUGCGAGGAUUGUCAAUGUAGUCUUUGUGGAUCUGAUGAUACUCCUUGUAACCGUACUAAUGGUCAUUGUUACUGCAAGAAAAAUGUUGAAGGUGACCAAUGUGAGCGUUGCAAGCCAAACACAUGGAACUUUAAUGCCUGUCAAGGAUGUGAAGAUUGCAGUUGUGGUGCUGCUUCAGAAAGUCAACAAUGUGAUUUGAAAACAGGACAGUGCAAAUGUUUAAAGACUGUUAUGGGAAAGAAAUGCGAUUGGUGCGAAUUGGGGUAUUAUAAUUACUCAUUAACGGGCUGUCAAAAAUGCGAUUGUGGAGGAAAAUUCUGUGAUGUAAAAACUGGAAGCUGCGAUUGUGGAAUACUGGGAGAGAAAUGUACACUGUGUCCACGUGGUUAUAUUAUUGAGAAUGGAAAGUGUGUCGAAUGUGAUAAUUGUGUGCAAAAUAUUUUAAAGCGUGUUGAUCGAUUGAUUCAUAACGUUACAGAAAUAGAGAUUACGGUUAUUCCAGGAUCGAUCAGCAAUUCUUCUUUGGGUGAUAUCAAUUCUACUUUAUUCAGAUUAACAAAAAAAGCCAAAAAAUACGAAGAUGAUCUGGAAGUUUAUAGAAAGGCUAUUGGAUUUGGUAAAUACAGAGGAGCAGAUGGAGACAUGGGUUUCAACGAUGUAGAAUCAUUUAGAGGUUGCGAGUUUUCAGUAUUACCUGACGUCGUGAAGACUACUGUUGUAAGUAAUGUAACCUCCAAAGUGUCGACGACAGCGUCUGCAGAAGCGCGAAGUACCACGCCAGUAUCAAUGGAUAAGGACACAACAACGAAUGUUCUUCAAGAAAUCACGACACCAGUUUAUGAAAAGGCAACAACCACAUCAGAAUUAAGUACCACUGAGCCAACCACGCAGGAGACAACAACCAAUUCAAAUGAGGAGACUACAACAGAAGCUGUGUUUGGCCCGCUGCAAGUCGAAACAACAAAGGCUACACUUCUACGUAAGAAAAGAGGAGGUGCUAAUUCUACAACUGAUCACUGCCCUGCUUCGCUGUCCACUGUUUUGGAUAAAACCGACGACAAGUUUGACGUAAUUGAAGUAAAGGUGACAAAACUGGAAGAGGACGCCUAUGAGGCAGUACAAAAUGCAACCAGAACUAAGGAAAGAGCCGAGGAGCUGUUAAAAUCAAUAAAAGACUUUAUGGAUGAAUUUAAUGAAAUCAUGUCUUUUGCGAACAAGACCCUUGGUGGAGUUAAAGGCGUUGGCACUGAUGCGAAUGCAUCUCUCGUUGAAGCUGAAAAAAUCUUGAAAGAAUUACAAGAAAGAAACUUUACAACUGUAAUGGCUAAUGCUACUGAAGAAAAAGAACUUGCAUUGAAUGCUUCAGCUGUCUCUAAAGAGAUGCUAAAACAAGCUAAACACGUUGAAGAAAAAGCUAGUCAGUUUAAUAACACUUUCAAGGACUUAGUACAAGCAUUUAGGAAUUUGAAAGCAGCCAGCAGAAUAACUAAGGCAAAUGCAGACAAUGCAAGUGAUGUUGUUGAUAUGGCAAAGACAAUCGAAUAUAAGUCACUGAUUGAUGAAGCUGAAAGAAUAAACCAAAAAAAUAAACUGACCUUAGACGAGGCUGGAAACAUUUUUAUGAUGGCUAAAGAAGCCUUUAACCUAGGUGAAAAGGCUUUUAAUUUGUUAAACAAUAAAACUGGACCACUGGCUGAUCUGAUGGUGGAAUUGCGAGAAUAUGUCGCCAGCUUAAGAAGAGAUUUGAAGAUGGCUGAAAAGCCAGUCAAUGAUUCUGUUGUUCACGCGAAAAAUCUUCGUGAUCUUGCAGAGAAAUUAAAAGACCUUCUCCAAGACACUAAAAAGUUUGCAGAUGCUGCGAUACGUGCAGCAAAAGUCUACAGUGAAAUUGUAGAUGCGAUAUACGAGGCGCUUGCAGCAGCUAAAAUGGCCAAAAAUACUUCUAUUGAAGCUGAUCUCAUGGCAACUGAUGUUAAAAUAGACGCAGGCAUAAGAAAAUCGAAAAGUGAAGAAGUAAAUACCAGGGCUUACGAGCUUGCCAAGGAUGUCGAAAAAACUCUGAAGUUCUCCUUGAAAGGGGUUAAAAAACGAGCUGGAGAACUAAGAAAAAUGCGCGAGACUAUUCAAGGACGUAUUGGUCAAGUGAAUGACGGUCUGCUAAAAUUUAACAAGGAAAAGGAAGUUGGUGAAAAAGCGAAAAAUGUUUCAGAGAAAGCAGGAGAAGCUUUAGAUGGUGCAAAAGCUGGCGAGGAUGUGGUCCAAAAUGUGAAGGAGCAACUGGACGAGGACAGAAAGAUAAUUGAAGAUCUGAAGAAUGACAUUUCAAAUUUAAAUGAUCUGAUCAAAAAAGUGGCAGACAAUGUGACGAAAAUUGAAGAAACCAUUCCAACUUUAAAUGCUACCAUUCAAGAGGUCAACCAACAGCACGAUGCUAUUGACGAGAUUCUGAAAAACAAUAUCACCAACAAUAUUGACUAUGUCAAAUACUUGAUAGACAAUGCACGUUUUAUUUCCGACAACCUACCAUUGACAAUGCACAUCAAUAAAUCCACAGAGCUGAUCUUGCCUACCCCCAAAGAAGCACUGGGUCCGUCUAUUACCAAUGAACUAUCUAUGGUAUUUGCUACCAACGAUAGUGGCCCUCUGUUAUUUCUUGGGAACAGUGAUGAUUCCAGCAGAAGAAGACGAGCUACUAGCAACGAUGAUGAUGAAUUUUUAUCGUUAGAAGUGUUGAAUAAUACUGUUGUGUUUAGAGUAAAAUUGAGCACCGGUCCUGUGAUGGAGUUAGUGAAUCCACAUUACAUCAAGUAUUCACCUAAACUCCAAGAUUAUUACAGAGUUGUUGCUACAAGAACAUUUGCCUAUAUGAGCCUCAAGGUUUCCGUUUUUGAUGAUCGAGCUAAUGAAGUGAAUGCGACAUUUGUAGAAAAUAUUACAGCAAUAGUAUCGCCAUUGUUGAAUCUUGACAUUAAUACUAAGUUGUAUGUUGGGACUAUGCCUGCGGGAAAACCUUUGCCAGCUUCAGCGUUUAAGUCAGGAAGAAGUUUUAAUGGAGCCUUAGACGAUUUAAGAUUUAAUGGAAAGGCAAUUGGGCUAUGGAAUUGGAAAGAAGCCAAGAAUAUUGACGGCGAAGUUCGGAAAACAAGACCUUCCAGUACUGGUAGCUACUGCUUUAACGGCGACGGUUACGUGAAGAUCCAACCAGACAACUCUAUGCAGGUCGAUCGCAUAUCCAUCAGGUUCGCGACCAUUGAACCUAAAGGUUUGUUAUUCCUCGGUGUAUCCAGACCUCGUAUUAUCAAUGGCGUCGCUGAGCAAGAACCGACUAUAUUUUAUGCGCUUGAAAUGGAAAAGGGCUAUUUGGUGAGUAAAUUUGACUUUGGGAAUGGCUACGAACGUCGCGUGCACGAUAAAAAUCAACUGCCUGUAGAUGAUGGUAAAUUGCACAGUUUCAGAAAUAAAGCUAAAUUGAAGGACAUAGCGAAAAAUAAAAAGGGUUUUAUGAGAUUCGGUAUUGAUGUUGAGAAGAUUAAGAAGGAUAAUUAUCAAAUGAUGAUCAGCUUCGAGGAGAAAAAUACCUACGUAAUCAAUGAAGUGUAUCUUGGUGGAGUGCCCAAAAGAGCAGAAUUACCUCACGAUGACAUCACAACACAAGGUUUUAUAGGAUGCAUUGCUAAUGUUACCGUACGUAAACUUACCGAUCCAAAUAAUAUAAAGGAGGGGAACAAUUUCAACGAUGACUUCAAACUACCGAUUGGUCACACUGCAUCAUUUCCGUUGCCUUCGUCCUACCUUGAUGUUUCUGCGUGUAACUUGGAACCAGGAGCAACUUUCGGGUUUGCUUUUCAAACUUACCAAAAUGAUGGUGUCUUAGUUCAUGCAGCUGGCAAGGAUUCUGUUUUGGAUAUGAUGUUGAUUGAUGGUCAACUUAAGGUUGAAAUUGUCGUAAGCGGAUCUACUGUUACAUUAGUGAGUAAUGUAGCAGGUGGACUGUCAGAUGGCAAGUGGCAUGCUGUCUCCCUUUAUCUAGAAAAAGUUAGCAUUUUACUUUACCUUGGCACCGACGAGGGAUAUGUUAAGUCAUCAUCAAAACUUCCACAGCCAGGGAAAAUCAUACUCAGUGGUAAUAUGUCUUUGGGUGGCAUGGAUGGUAAAGACGGUUUCAAUGGCAAUCUUCGUCAAGUGUAUUGCUUGAACAAAGAGAUCGAUCUCCAUAAAUCAAGUCUAAAGAAUGGUGCUAAAUUUGGGGUUUUAAAAACACUUCCGCCAAUUAGGUUAGCACCCUUAGCUACUACACCCAACCCUACAACGGCACCAGUAACAACCAUUAUUCCAUCCCCUGGAGGAGCAGCUGAUACAACCACUAACAAAUUGGCAACCACUGCUCGUCCAGAACAGGUAACUAGCACCACGGCUACUUUUAUGAUGACUGUAGGCACAACAAGAGAGGUAGAGACUACACUGGCAGCAACGACUGAGAUUGCAACGGAAGCAGACACAACAGAAACGGCAACCACAGAAGAAAUCACAACAGAAGAAGCAACAACGGAAAUGUUGACUACCGAAGAUACAACCACGGUAGGACUAAUCACUGAAACCUCAACCGAGGAAGCUACCACUAUAACUUUUCAAGCAACUACCACAACACAAGCAGUAACAACUACAGCAGUGACAACUGCCAAAUCCACUACUACGACAAAUCCCACCACUACCACUGCUGAGGAGACCUCCACCAUGGCACCUACUACCGUAGCCACAACAACACCCCUACCAUCCUCGUGCAAGGCAAACAUCCCAAAACCAGUUAAAGAUUCGAUUGGUUUUGGUUUUGGCGAAGGAGGAGAAAGUUAUGUAGAAUUUGGCAUCAAAGCAGGAUCACUAAGCCAAAAGUCGAAAUUUGAAUUUUUCUUUUACACAUUGGAACCGAAUGGCAUAUUAUUUACUGUUAGCAUGAAGAGAAAAUUUGAUUACGAGGCUGUUUAUUUAAACAACGGCAAGAUAACAUAUGUAUUCAAUGCCGGUGGCGGCUCCAAGCCUAUAACAAGUUCAGCAACAUAUAAUGACGGCAAAUGGCACAAAGUAUCAACAAGUCGCUCAAAGACAGCAGGUUUUUUGGCCGUUGAUGAUGGCGCCGGUAUAAAAGGGGAAUCACCUGGAACUCAAUCAAGUGUCGAUGGCAUCACUAAAGUGUUUUUCGGAGGGUAUCCACUCAACGAGGAUGUCCCUGAUAGAAUUCCAAAAUCCAGUUUAGUUGCACUGAAGGGUGGCAUGAAAGGAUUUAAAUUGUUCGAUGAAGCUCUCUCACCAGCUUCAACUGAGGGAAUAACAUCUGGCUAUGAUGGUUUGGGGGUCACUAACGCAAUAUCAGUUGGAGAGAUGGGUGGCUACCUGGUAAAAAAAAUUACCAAGAUUGGCAAAAAAUUUAAGUUGUCUUUGGAUGUCAGAUCACGCGGCAAAAAAGGAUAUCUCUUUUACUCCUACGGUGGAGGUGAUUGGUUAUUACUACGCAUCAAUGAUGAUGGAAACUUAUUUGCGGAGUGCAACAAUGGAGGUGGAGCUUUCAGUGUGGAAGUCAAACCACCAACUUCCAUCUGCGAUGGAGCGUUUCACAGUAUACUGCUUGUGAAGGAAGAAAAAACGCUAACGUUAAGUGUUGACGGUGCAACGAACAUUCACACAACAGGGAAAUCGUCCUCCUCCGCUGAUACAAACACAUUAUUGUAUUUUGGUGGUGUACCAGACGAUCAAAAACGAAAUGACUACGAAAACUUUUCUGGUUGCGUUUCCGCAGUUAAAGUAAAUGAUUCUCCUGUGGAUUUUUCAGUUGGUGCAACCGUCCAUGGUGCAUGUAUGCGUGGAUGUGCCGAAGACAAUUAAAACGCGCGAUUGAAGGACAUUUUAGGUUUUUAAAUUUUAAAACAUAGAUUUCAAGUCGACGUUAGCUUCGAUAGGAUAAGAAAACAAACGUUUUUAACCUUCAGUGUGGAUUUGAAAUGACUAAAAUUUAGUAAUCAUCAGUCUUUAGUUUUUUUAUACAUUUUUAUCAUUUUCUUACUUGUUUAUUUUCAAACCAUUUCAAACUCUCUCAAUAUUUCAUGAAUAACUCGUCCGGUUACAUCAUCCUAGUAACCGAAACAGCAUCGAAAUAACAUUCAAGAGUGCUCAGAUCAGUUUCCACAUAUUUCAGAAAAAGCGCCUGAACAGCCGUGUUCGCGAUGUAUAAAAUACGUUCACAUUACAUUUUGCAUCAUAAUUACCUUUGCUCUGGGUUUGAUUUGGUUUAAACAUUAACGAUAUGCUUACAAAAAAUGGAGUGUAUAUUUAGAUUGUGUGUGAUAGCAGAUAAUACUUGAUUUAAAGUUGGUUUCGAUGAACGGUACAUGAACUUAUAAUAACGUGUAGUUUGAUCUGUGGAAUAUACGAAAAAAUACUCCAA